AUGUUAGAUGACUCGUUCCAGUUGAUGGUACGGCUGAUUCAAUACAGCCUGACAGCUAGCUCCAAGAACAACAACAAGCCCUCUGGGUCUUUUGUUGUCCGUGCUGCGCGCCAUCACGGCCUUGACCCCGUCCUGACGCGGAGGGUGGUGCUCAAGACAUGGCUUCAAGAGCAAUUUCCUGUCGCCGAGAGGCUGGUAAUUGUCCUUGUUCGCUCCUACGUGUGGCAUUACGGCUUCAACAUUGUCGAAGGAGGUGCAAACACUGACGACAUGAACAGGAAGAAGAAGUCAAGGACUGGCACGAGGGGUGGUAUUGCAGACACCUCCAAAGUAAGUACCAUGGUUCGAUUCUCGUACAUGAGAGAGAGUAUUGAGAAGUCGCGAGAGGAUAUUGAAGAAAGAUCGGUCCUUCUCCAAGGCCUCGAAGAGUGCCAAUCAAUCAGGCAAGACGUUGAGUCCAGCGCGACGGGGAUUGACCAAAAGCUAUACAACCGUAACAAGGAUUACCAGGCGUGCGAGGAGGGCGACACGCUGUUGGAAAAGUUGAGUAUGGAUUGGGAAUAG